AUGCCUCCUUUCCUCUACAUAUUACUCGGGCUUCUCGUACUCUCGCACGCAGCUCCUCGGUGCUCUUCCGCAAGGGACACUCUCAUGGCAGGCCAAGUGCUUGCUGCCGUCGGUGGCAGCAAGCUCGUCUCAAGAAACGGCAAGUUCGCGCUGGGCUUCUUCCAACCAGCUAACACUGCAUGCACCAUCAGCGGUAGUAAGUUCCACCACAACACCAGCUCCAGUUGGUUUCUUGGCAUAUGGUUCAAUAAAAUCCCAGUUUUUACUACUGUGUGGGUAGCUAAUAGGGAGGAUCCCAUCACACAUCCCAAACUCAACUCAACACAGCUCAAGAUCUCAAGUGAUGGAAAUCUUGUCAUCAUCAUAAACCAUGCUGAUGCCGGCAAGGACUCCGUUGUUUGGUCCACUCACAUUGUCAAUAGGACACAAACCAACAACAAAAACAGUAGUGCCAUUGUUCUCUUGAACAGUGGAAACCUUGCCCUACUCACAAAUAGCCAAGAGAUGUUGUGGCAGAGCUUCGAUUACCCAACAGAUGUUUUGCUUCCCGGCGCCAAGUUUGGUCGGAACAAGGUCACCGGCUUGAGUCGUUCAGUCAUUUCAAAGAAGAGCCUCACUGAUCCAUGUCUUGGCUCAUAUAGUGUUGAACUAGAAGGCACCAGUGGGAUCGUCCUCAAGCGCCGCAACGACCCUUCCGUAGUGUAUUGGCAAUAUGCAUCAUCCAAACAAUCAUCAUUGAUACUCAAGUCACUGGUAUAUUUGGAUCCUCUGGCCAAACGAUUGAUUAACCCAACAUAUGUUAAUAACAACCAAGAGGAGUACUACAUGUACACUUGUUUGGAUGAUUCAUCUUCCAUAUUUGCUUCACUAGAUAUCUCUGGUCGGAUAAAACUAAACUUUUGGUUGCAAGCCAAACAGACUUGGGAAACCAUACAUGCCCAACCUUACGAUCCAUGCACUACUCCUGCUACAUGCGGACCUUUCACAGUCUGCAACAACAAUGCAUAUCGAUUAUGUGAUUGUAUGGAGGGAUUCUCUAAGAAGUCACUGGUGGACUGGGAGUCUAAUGAUCGAACAGGAGGAUGCAUCCGAAAUACACCACUACAUUGCAGCACUAGUGACAAAAACAUUACAAGUUCAACAGACGUGUUUCACCGCAUUGCUCAAGUUAAAUUGCCUUACAAGCCCCAAACAAUAGUCGUUGUUAGCAGUCAAAGAAACUGUGAAGAAGCUUGCCUCAGUUCCUGCUCAUGCACUGCUUAUUCCUUUACCAAUCAACUAUGCUCUAUCUGGAAUGGAGAAUUGCUUAGUGUAAAUCUGAAUUAUGGCACUGAUAAUAGAGCUGAAGAUGUUCUUUACGUUCGCCUUGCCACAAAAUAUUUUCUACUAAGUUUGAGAAAAAACAAAAGAAAACCAAACGUUGGAGUUAUUGCUGCUGCAAGCAUUAUUGGUUUUGGAUUAAUAAUGCUCAUAGUAUUGUCACUGAUUUGGAGGAACAGAUUCAAGCGAUUUGGUUUGCCUUUAUAUGAUAAUCAAGGCAGUUGCGGAGGGAUUAUGGUCUUUAGAUACACUGAUUUAGUCCAUGCUACUAGAAACUUCUCAGAAAAGCUAGGAGGUGGUGGUUUUGGUUCUGUAUACAAGGGAGUACUAAGUGACAUGACUAGUAUAGCAGUGAAAAGGCUUGAUAGUGCCUAUCAAGGAGAGAAGCAAUUCAGGGCAGAGGUGAGCUCAGUUGGGCUGAUCCAACAUAUCAACAUAGUCAAAUUGAUUGGUUUCUGCAGCGAAGGUGAUAAAAGGCUACUUGUGUAUGAGCACAUGUUAAAUGGAUCUCUUGAUGGCCAUCUAUUUAAGAAGGACAAUGUUAAUGUUGUUGUCCUAAGUUGGAACACCAGAUAUCAAAUAACCCUUGGAGUUGCGAGAGGAUUGUCCUACUUGCAUCAUAAUUGUCAUGAAUGCAUCAUACAUUGUGAUAUUAAGCCAGAGAAUAUACUUGUAGAUGCAUCAUUUGUUCCCAAAGUUGCAGAUUUUGGCUUGGCAACAUUAGUGGGAAGGGAUUUUAGUCGAAUCCUGACCACAUUAAGAGGAACUGCAGGUUAUAUUGCCCCAGAGUGGCUUAGCGGAGUUGCUAUUACACCGAAAAUUGAUGUUUAUAGCUUUGGCGUGGUACUUUUGGAAAUCUUAUCUGGAAGUAGGAAUUCACCAGAAACAUACAAUACUAGUGAGAGCUACUAUGUCAAAUAUUUUCCAAUUAAAGCCAUCAACAAGCUUCAGGGUGGUGACGUGGGAAGUUUGGUCGACCCGAAAUUACAUGGUGACUUCAACUUGGAAGAGGCUGAACGGAUUUGCAAAGUUGCAUUUUGGUGCAUACAAGAUAAUGAGUUUGAUCGACCAACGAUGGGUGAAGUGGUCAAGAUUCUCGAGGGUCUGCAGGAGAUUGAUAUGCCCCCGAUGCCGAGACAACUUGCUGCUAUGAAGGAACACUAUGAUGCAACAUCUUCAAUGUACAUAGUAAACCUGCAUAGUCAAUAUUUCCACUCAGGUCAAGUUAAUAUCCAGAGCAUCAACUACUCUUACAUUACCCUCAUCCCUAAGAAGGAUCAUGCAAUUACACCAGCUGAUUUCAGGCCUAUUUCACUAUUGAACUGCACUCUCAAAAUCAUCACCAAAUUGCUAGCAAAUAGACUUCAGAAACUCAUCCUUGGCAUGGUCCACAGAAAUCAAUAUGGCUUUCUGAAUCACAGAUGUAUUCAGGAUUGUUUAGCAUGGUCAUUUGAAUAUAUACACCAAUGCCAACAAAGCAGAAAAGAAAUCAUUCUCCUCAAGCUGGACUUUGAAAAAGCAUUUGACAUGUUGAACCAUGAUACUAUUAUUGAGAUCCUGCAAGCUAAAGGUUUUGGGGACAAGUGGAUCCAUUGA